GUUGCGCCACGUGAUUGAUUAGCUAUUCUCUCUUCAACAACGAAUGUUGUCGAGUUGUUUUCGGCUUAAAGCAAAAGACUGAAUAUAGACAAGUUUGAAAUGGACCAAUAUCCAGUUUCACAGUCAGAAGACGUCCAGAUUGAGAGCUCUUCAUGGCUCUCUCGGUUUCGUAAUAGAGUUUCCCAGUUGCCUCCCGUACCACGGUUGGACUUGUCUGGUUUUUUCAAAAGUAAAUUAGCCGUAGUGAGAGAGAGAAGGAGCUCCACAGUUGACUCCUUUGGACAAGCUGCUUCAGUUGCUUUUGCAUUGAACCGAAAGGUCCGCUCCCGGUCUUCUUUGACUUCGCGCAGUCAUGAACGAGAGUCUGUUGUGGUUUCUCUAAAUAGUCCCGAGGAAAAUCAUAAGAGAGGGUUUUGUUCAAAUUACGUUUCUACCACAAGAUAUCGGUGGUGGUCUUUUGUUCCUCAAAACCUUUACGAGCAAUUUCGUAGAUGGGUGAUGAUGUAUUUCCUCGCCUAUCUCAUUAUCAAUAUUUUAUCUGGAGUUUUUCCUCAAAUAGCAGUAUACAGUACUCCCAAUGGAGUUUCCGUUACUGCAAUAGUUCCUUUAUCUCUUGUAGUAGGCAUUACGAUGAUUAAGGCUGCUAUUGAAGAUAUAUUUCGUCUUCGAAAUGAUUUGAAAGCCAAUUCCAUGAAGUUCCAAACUGUGAGAGACGGUUUUCGGGUUUCCGUGAAAUCCAGUCAAAUUCGUGUCGGCGAUAUUAUUGUCCUUCAAGAUGGUGAUAUUGUACCAGCAGAUAUUGUUGCACUUUCAGCUGCUAGAGAAGAUGGAGUUGUAUUUUUGGAAACUUCUGCCUUGGAUGGAGAAACAAAUUUAAAGAGAUUUCUUGUUCUCUCGGACACAUCUUCACUUACUAAUGAUGCUGAAAUAAGCAGCCUUCGUGGAGAAAUAAGAUGUGAACCACCUUCGAUCAAUAUGAACUCAUUUGCUGGUAUUGUAAAACUUGAGCAGGUUGAUCCUGUGGGCGGCACGAGAAGCAGAGUAAUAGAAAAGCCAAUUUCAAAAGAUAAUUUGCUUUUGAGAGGAGCGGUGGUUAGAAAUUCUGGUUGGUUAUAUGGAAUUGUCAUUUAUGCCGGUAUGCAAACUAAAAUGCUUCAACAAUGGAGGAGACCUCAAUCGAAGUUUUCGUUGAUUGAAAAAGAAAUCAAUCGAGUUUAUGUCGUAUGUUUUUCAUAUCUGAUUCUUUGGUGUUUUGCACUUGGUUUGGCUGCAGGUAUAAAAGCAAACAGUUCAAUCUUUCGAGGUGCUUGGUAUUUAGGUACAAUAACUACCGAAUAUUCAUCCGCAGUAAUGGGAAUUUUGGGAUUUUUUGCCAAUGUCGUUAUGAGUGGGACUGUAGUUCCUAUUGCAGCCUAUAUAACCCUUGAAUUGGCUCGAGCAGGGCUAUUGAUAUUUUUACAUUGGGAUGAAAGUUUGGUUACUUACCGAAAGAAGAAAAAAGUGUCUCUUGCAUCUUUGAUUUCGGAAGAGGCUCCAGAAGAAGAAGUUUCAGAGACAGUAAAGAUUCGUGCAGAAGUUCGAAAUUCAGAUCUGGAGACUGAAUUGGGACAAGUUGGACAUAUUUUUAGUGAUAAGACAGGUACACUUACCAUGAAUAUCAUGGAAUUUCGAAGAUGUUAUGUGAAAGGAAAUGUAUUUGAAUUUGAUUCGUCAACCCGUCAGUUUCAUCAUAUCGAAGGAAAACCGGAGAAUUGCAAGGUUGUUGAUUUUGCAGAGAUGUUACGAGCCAUGGCACUUUGUCACUCUGUAUUGACUAAUAAUGUUGGUCUCAAUUCAUCUUCAGACAUGAUAAAAAGUGACUCACCUAUGAAACCUGUGUCUCCUAAGCGACAUCUGUCAAGUAAUGUGACAUUGGAUACGUUCGGAUAUCGAGAUGCUAGGGACGUGUUACACAGAAAACGUUCGUAUCUUGGCGUGGGAAUAGAAGAUGCACCCAAUAUCUCUUCAGCUAUUUCGAAUUCUCCCUCAGUUGCCUCUCGUUAUCAAGCCAUAUUUGUCAAAUGGAAACGAAAAUGGUCUUCCCUAUUUCGACCAAGUCAACAAGGAACAAUCCAUUCGAGUGAUAAGCCGAAGGAUUCGUUGGACAACAAACUCGUUGGCACAGCUUCUGUUGAUAUGAACGAGCAACUACCCUAUGAGAAGGAUCCCUUAGAUCCCAAAAAUGUUUCAUAUGAAGGAACCAACACUGAUGAAAUGGAGUUUGUAAAAACCGCAGCACUUUCAGGUUAUCGUUUAGCAAUGCGGACACGUGACAAUAUUCUUUUAGAAGAAGUAUAUCGCAAAGGAAUAUUCCAAGGCUAUCAAGAAGAACAAUCAUGGAAGCCAUGUACAAAUGGAAAUUACGUUUCCUAUUCAGUUUUGGCUACUUGUGAAUUUUCAUCUGAUCGAAAACGAAUGUCCAUCAUUGUUCAAACACCAGAGAAUAGGAUAUUGUUGCUUGUCAAGGGAGCAGAAUCUGUGAUUUUUCCUCGUCUAAAACAGGAAAAUCGAGAGGAGAUUGAGACUGCCAAUUUUCAAGUUGAAAAGUUUGCAAAGGGAAGGACUUCGAACGAAUGGAUUGAGAAACUGAAUCAUGCAGAGUUGGCCUUGUAUGAAAGAGAGAGCAAGAUUCAUGAAGUAUGGGAGCUUUUGGAGUGUGACUUGUCUCUCGUUGGAGUCACAGCGGUAGAAGAUCGCCUCCAAGAUGAUGUUCCAGAAACUAUAAGUUAUUUGCGUCAAUGUGGUAUUCGUAUAUGGUUACUGACAGGUGAUAAACGAGAAACUGCUGUCAAUGUUGGUGUUUUAAGUGGCUUGAUUGGUCCGGAUUCAGCAGUUUAUGACUUGACUGCGCAGACAGAGCGGGACAUGGAAAGCCAGUUGGAAUCCUUUGAGUCUCUAGAAGAUCUUUGUCAAGAAAUCGAAAUGGAUAGAGAUUGUAGCGCUCUUGAUGAUAUGGAAUCGAGAGAGAGAAUGGAUGACUGGAAUUCAGGGAUGAAUGGACAUUCUGGAGAUGAACCUGUGGAUCCCACCAGCAACAUAAAGAAAACUCGACGUACUUUGGUGGUAGAAGGAGAUGCUUUAAGCUUUGCUCUCUUAAGAUAUGCAAAGGAAUUUGUUUCUUUGGCAACCCGAAAGUUUGACUCGGUUAUUUGUUGUCGUACCAAGCCAAUGGAUAAGGCAUGGGUUGUAAGAACCUGUAAGAAAUAUCAUCCAGAUAUAACAUUAUCUGUAGGUGAUGGUGGAAAUGACGUUCCUAUGAUUCUUGAAGCUCAUGUGGGAGUUGGUAUUGCUGGAUACGAAGGCGCACAGGCUUCUCGCUCAUCUGAUUUUUCUAUUGGAGAGUUUCGUCAUCUUCGUCGCCUAAUUGCUCUUUAUGGACGUUAUGCAAAUGUUGGCAUUUCACAAUGUCUAAAGGCCAUUUUUUAUAAGGACUUUGUAAUAUUUACUGGAUUGCUGUGGUAUAAUAUUUGGUGUCAGUUUUCGGUGGAAGCGAUCGCAAACACAUAUUAUGAGCUAUUGUAUGAUUUAUUAUAUACUGGUUUGGCACCUUUGGUAUUAGGAUGGUUUGAGCGUGAUGUUCCUGCUUCGGCUGUUCUUCGAUAUCCAGCAGUGUAUAAGUCGAAAUCCGAGUUCAACCUAAAGUCUACUAUCCCUUGGCUCUUAUCAGGUUUUUGGCACUCUUUAGUGCUGUCCUUUGUUCCUGUUUUGGCUUUAUAUAAUAGCGCAGACGCUACAGAUAUAUGGAAUCCUCAAGGGUUUACUUUUGGGCUGAGUUCAUUGAUUAUUAUGUUCCAAAUUGGAGUAGAAGUGGUAGUGUUGAGCAAGAUUUCAUUAGAGACACUUCGUUGGACUUGGGUGAAUGUUUUGGGUAUUGUUUUUUGUUUGGCGUGUUUCUUAGUUUAUUUGAUUCUCUUCACUACCGAUUUUUUUACGAGUACUUCUGCAUUUCUGGGCAAUGAUUUGUAUUGGACUUGGUAUAAUGAGAUGAGUUCUAGUGCAUACUUUUAUUUUGUCGUCUUAGUUACGGUGGCUCUUUGUUUGCUCCCAGAUUUCUUUAUUCAAGGCUACCGUAAUGUAUAUAGACCGCGAUUUUGGAUGGUUGUAAGACAAGAAGCCAUCAAAGAACAGAAAAAGAGUCGACAAAGGGAAGUGGUUGGAGAUCCAGUUUCAUCUCCGGCUUCGUAGUUGAUACAAAAUAUCAAAUGGCAAAGGUCCUAUAGGAAAUGAGUUGUAUAAAUUCCUUUUAUAAAAGUUGUGUACCAUUUAUGGAAGAAAUAUGUUUCAUUAUAG